AGCUGUUUGCUACUCAUGAGAUGCAGAUGAAAGCUACAGUGACCUCGAUGAAAUAACAUCAUGGAGCAAAAAGGAGGCACGGAUGGAGAGGAGUCCUUCGAGGCGCUGGAGAAGCAGUUCCAGUUGGUCCUCACGGAACUGCUGGGAGAUAAGAGCGUGGAAAAGUUCCGCACGGAGUACGAGAAGAUCACCGGCGCCCUCAGGAAGGCCCACGAGAGCGAGAAGAGGCUCAUGUCCAAAUGCAGGGAGCUCAACGCAGAGAUCGUGUCCAACUCCACCAAAGUGGAGACGGCGCUGAAGCUCUCGCAGGAAGAUGAGGCCACCAUCAGAUCUCUGAAGAAGGAAUUAGAGAACGCUUGGAAAACAGUGGAUGCAGCUCACGAUAAAGAGAUCAAAGCCAAGGAAAACAUUAUAACUCUCAAACAAGAGAUCUCAAGGUUGACCCAGCUGGCUGAGCAGGGAGCCGGCUUGUCUGAGGGUCAAGAGCACAGUGUAAAUAACUUGAAGCAGGCCGUGGAUGAGUUGACCGGGGAGCGAGAUGAGCUGGUCUCCAGUGUGGAGCGUCUGAGAGACGGCCUCGCCCAGGCCUCUGCCACGCAGCAGCAGAUGGAGGCCCAGAUAGAGAACUCCAGCCAGGCUGUCUCCCAGCUGCAGCAGGAGCUGCAGGUCCGCCAGAACGAGCUCUCCCGGGAGACGCGGCAGAAGGAGAAGCUGGAGAAGGAGGUGAAGCAGUUGCACGCCGACGCGGAGGCCAAGACGUCUGAGCUCAAAGCCCUGAGCCAGCAGGGACAGCGAGCCAAGGACGAGCAGCAGAGGCUGGAGCAGCAGCUGAAGGAGCUAAAGGUAACGAAUGAGCGCAGUGCCAGGGAGCUGGAGCAGAUGCAGGCGAAGAUCAGCAAGCUGCAGCAGGACAACGAGCAGCAGUCGGUGGCCGUGGAGCAGCACACCCUGGAGAACCAGCAGAAGGCUAACGAGCUGAGGAUGAAGGAGGAGGAGCUAAAUCUGAGGCGCCAGGAGAUUGCCAAGUUAACGAAGGCGCGAGAAGCCAUCCAGAAGAAGUCCAACCAGAUGGAGGAUCAGAAGGGGGAGGCGGAGGUGCAGCGGGAGACGCUCAAAACACAGCUCGGCGUCCUGGAGAGAGAGCUGGAGGUGUUCAGGAAGCAGGCGGAGACGGAGAAGAAGGCGGCCGAGGAGCUGGCACGGGAGAGGGACAUGCUGAACAAGAACCUGAUCAAGGUCACAGACUCGACAGGGAAGCAGCAGAUCUUCCUGAAGCUCCAGGAACAGGCACAGAAGAACCUCGAGCAGGAGGUUCACAACUACCGGGAGGAAGCCCAGAAACAGCAGAAGAUCAUCCACCAGCUGGAGAAGGAACGCGACCGCUACAUCAACGAGACCAGCGGCCUCCGGAACAAGGUAGGCGGGCUCUUGCACACGGACGACCUCAGAGUCAACGAGACGGAGAUCGCCGAGUACAAGAAGAAGACCUGUGACACGGAGCAGCGACUGGCCAGCCUCCACACCCUCUACGAGAAGGUGGUAGCCGAGAGGAACCUCUACAGCAAGAACCUCGUCGAGGCCCAGGAUGAGAUCGCAGAGCUGAAGAGGAAGCUCAAGUUCAAGAGCCUGGAGAUCGAGCAGCUGAAGGAGGAGAUCAGCGGCAAGGAGGCCACCAUGUCCCGGGAGCACCAGGACGCCCUGCGCGUGGAGAGGGACAACGAGGGGCUCAAGGCGAAACUGCAGCUAAUGAAGCAGCAGGCGGAGGAGACAAGGCAGCGCAUUGACGGCCAGAAGGCAGAGGAGCGGCAGCUGCAGAGGACCAUAGCCGAGGCUGACGCUGAGGCAGCGCGACAGAAGAAAGAGCUGGACCAGGUAUACAGCGAGCUGGAGAUCCUCGGCUCACAGAUGCUGUGCCGCAACGACCAGCUACGGCUGCUCCACCUGGAGCUCAAGACCAAGGACUGCCUCCUCGCCAAGACGGACUUCCAGUACAGCCAGCGGCUGGAGGACAUCCGCCUGCUGAAGCUGGACAUGCGCAACCUGAGCCGGGAGAAGAGCAUCCAGAGCCGGCUGGCCUCCAACGCCAAGGACCUCAGACGGGAGCUGUUCCACAUCCACAAAGAGCUGCUGCAGGAGAGGAGGAGGUUCUGCACACUGGAGGAGCAGCUUAGGACCCCCAUGAACGUUCACCACUGGCGGAAGCUCGAGGCCAACGACCCUGAAUACUUUGAGCUCAUCCAGAAGGCCCAGGACCUGCAGAAGGCGCUGGUCACCAAGAACCAAGAGGUGAUGGACAAAGACCUCCUGCUGAAGAUCCGACUGGAGCUCCUAACGCAGACCGCCGUGACCGAUCGAAUGACUGGAUUAGACGAAGCGCGCAAACACGCUCGGUUUUCAACAGAUGUUCCCCGGAGCCCCGAAGACGCAACUUUGGACUUUGGAGUUGGCGCGGAGGAGGACGCCGCCUUGCCGCGUCGCUCCCGCGCAUCGGACCAAACUUUCGGCGGUGAUUUCAACGAGGAUCCGCCGGAGAAACGCGCCUCGUUUACAGCGCUCCGGAGAGCAAGGAGGAGCGGCCCGGAGGUCCCCGAGUACCGCAAGAGCAGCCGGGAAGCUAGGGAUGGUUUGAGUGUGGAUUCUUUCGAGGGAAGAGGAGGAAAUUCUGGGCCAAAGUUGGACGGACAGAGAUCCGGGAGGCCAGAAGUCAAGUAUAGCCGAGACGAGGGCAGGGGCACCGGGCGGCAGGAUGAGCCGAAGCUGGCCAGCAGCACUUACGCACUGACGGGGGACUCUGCGCACAACCACGCGGUGGUUUACUGGUCAGGGAAGAACAGCAGCUCUGCCAAGGAUCCAGUCUUACACGUACCCAGCCUUGUUGUUGAAGCUCCGGCCGGCCGUCUGCACCAGUGCUUCGUGCCUCUGCUGCUGAUCCCAGAAGUCCACACCCCUGCAGACCCACCUUGA